AAAGGAUUUACCCAGGUCACACAGCUAGCCAAGAAACUAAACCUUCCCGCCUCUAGCUUCAAAUGACCCAAGAUCGAGUGCAGAAGCCUUUGGGAAGGUGGAGCCUGGGCUGUAAUUGACUAAAGACCUUUGUGUGGAUUUAAACGACCCCCACCCCACCCCACCCCCGCAGCUGGCGAUGGAACCUGUUUUAGUGUGCGGAGCGGCGGAGCGGGUUUGAGCCCCAGUCAUCGGGGUGCGUGGAGCUGGUGGGCGGUCAUGGAAGCGGCCGGCGCCGAAGACGCCAUCAGCUUUCAAGAUGAAGCUGUGGAUAAAAGCCUCUUUAAGGACUGCAACAAAAUUGGUUUCUACAGACGUCAGAAGCUACUCCCAAGGAAGAAUACCUAUCGGGCAUUACUGAGCUCAGUCACAACAGGCAAAGACAGCACCAAAUUCCAGAUCAUCAAUGAAGUGAAUAAGGUUCCUCUCUUGGCUGAAAUCUGUGAAAUCGAGGGAAACAUUUUCAGGUUUAAAAUCAAUGAAAUGGCUCCCUUAAAACCAAGGUAUGAAGUCUCUGAUGUCUUUAUACAGAAGCCAGUCAACAAAAGGCUGGUUCUAUGCUCAGGGGAUGCAGGUACUCUGGUGCUGAAGGAUGACUCAGAACAUCUGAAGUUUUGCAUCACAGCAAACCCCUUCAAAAUAGAUUUGUUUUCUGAAGAAAAGCCCUUGCUGAGCAUCAAUUCCAUGGGCCAGCUGUAUUUUGAACAAAUGCAGAUGCCUCCCAAACACAGACCUUCCACCGAAAGUGAGGAAGAUGAGUCCACUGAUCCUCACCAGGAAAGUCAAGAUGAUCUGGGUCUUUGGAAAGAGAAAUUUGGCAAAUUUGUGGAUAUCAAAGCCAAUGGCCCCAGCUCUAUUGGACUUGACUUCUCCUUGCAUGGUUUCCAGCACCUCUACGGGAUACCCCAGCAUGCAGAGACCCAUCAGCUCAAAAACACUGGUGAUGCUGAGGCUUACCGACUUUACAACCUGGAUGUCUGUGGGUAUAAGUUACAUGACAAAUUGGGUAUUUAUGGUUCUAUACCCUAUCUCCUAGCACACAAACUAGACAGAACUGUGGGAAUUUUCUGGCUGAAUGCCUCAGACACGCUGGUGGAAAUCAACACACAACCUACGGUACAACACAAGUUGUCCCCAAGAGGCUCAGUUUUGGCGAAGCAGAAAGUCAGGGCUCGAAGUGAUGUACGUUGGAUGUCAGAGAGUGGAAUCAUUGAUGUCUUUCUAUUAAUGGGACCAACCCCUGCUGCAGUCUUCAAACAGUAUUCAGUACUUACAGGCACCCAAGCCCUGCCUCCUCUCUUCUCCUUGGGAUACCAUCAGUGUCGUUGGAACUACGAUGAUGAACAAGAUGUCAAGGCUGUGGAUGCUGGGUUUGAUGACCAUGACAUUCCUUAUGAUGUCAUAUGGCUGGAUAUAGAACAUACUGAGGGCAAACGGUACUUCACAUGGGACAAAAAGAAAUUUCCAAAUCCUAAGAGGAUGCAAGAGCUGAUUAAGAGCAAAAAACGCAAGGUUGUGGUCAUUUCUGAUCCCCAUAUUAAGGUUGAUCCCAUGUAUUCACUGUACUCUCAGGCGAAAGACAAGGGCUACUUUGUGAAAAAUAGCAAAGGUGAAGACUUUGAGGGUAUAUGUUGGCCUGGGGCCUCUUCUUACCUGGAUUUCACAAACCCCAAGGUACGAGAAUGGUAUUCAGGUCUUCUUGCCUUCUCUGAAUAUCAGGGUUCCACUGACAUCCUCUUUGUAUGGAAUGACAUGAAUGAGCCCUCUGUCUUUAGAGGGCCAGAGCAGACCAUGGAGAAGAAUGCUGUUCAUUAUGGCAAUUGGGAACACAGAGACCUUCACAACAUAUAUGGCUUUUACCAGCAAAUGGCUACAGCAGAGGGACUGAUCCAGAGGUCUAAAGGGGAGGAGAGACCCUUUGUGUUGACACGUUCUUUCUUUGCUGGAUCACAGAAAUAUGGUGCAGUAUGGACAGGAGACAAUGUAUCAGAAUGGGGUUACCUGAAAAUUUCCAUCCCAAUGUUGCUGACUCUCAGUGUUACUGGUAUCCCUUUUUGUGGAGCUGAUGUAGGCGGAUUCGUUGGGGAUCCAGAGCCAGAGUUGCUGGUACGCUGGUACCAGGCCGGAGCCUACCAGCCCUUCUUCCGAAGCCAUGCCACCAUGAACACUAAGCGGCGUGAACCUUGGUUAUUUGGGGAGGAAUAUACCAAGCUCAUCAGAGAAGCCAUCAAAGAGCGAUACGCCCUCCUGCCUUAUUGGUAUUCUUUGUUCUACCGUGCACAUGUGGCUUCUGAACCAGUCAUGAGGCCCCUCUGGGUGGAAUUUCCAAAGGAAUUAGAAAUUUUUGGUGUGGAAGAUGAGUACAUGUUAGGAAGUGCUUUGCUAAUCUAUCCAGUCACAGAACCAAAGGUCACCAUGGUUGAUGUGUUUUUGCCUGGGUCUGAAGAGGUCUGGUAUGACUUUCGGACAUUUGUUCAUUGGGAAGGAGCACGUAGCCUGAAGGUCCCCAUAACCUUGGAUAGGAUACCAGUGUUCCAGCGAGGUGGAAGUGUGGUACCAAUGAAGACUACUGUAGGGAGAUCCACAGAGUGGAUGACCCAUCUUCCAUAUGAGCUCCGUGUUGCUCUGGACACCAAGGGCUCUUCUAGAGGCGAACUCUACCUUGAUGAUGGGCAUUCAUUCCAAUACCUCCAUCAAAAGCAAUUCCUUCAUAGGAAGUUUUUAUUCUGUGAUGGUGUUUUGUCCUCCAGCUGUGCAGAUGAAAAUGGUGAUUACCACAGUGAGUGCAUAGUAGAAAAAGUCCUGAUCCUGGGCAUCAAUAAGCAGCCUUCCUCUGUGACUGCCAGGUCUUCUGAUGGGACAGAGAAGCAGGUGGCUUUUACCUACUUCUCCAAGACAGCUGUGCUUCACCUGGAAAAUCUUUCAUUGAAUGUCAGUGCUGAUUGGGAGAUCCAUGUCAAGUGACAAGAGAAGCAGGACCUUCACAGCCUUUGAAAGAAAGUUCAAAGAGGACCGAUCUUGGAGGAUGUGAAGAGCCUUCUGUAACUGAGCUCCUGCCUGGCUGAAAGAGACCAUUCGCUGCUCACAGUAUAGUCAGUUAAUGAAAGGGCAUGAUGAUAUCUCACACUUUCUUUUCUUUUUAAUUUUUUUGGGCAUGAUAGUUUUGAUUUCGUCGUGUCAGAAGCUGGUUCUUUUCCUUGGAACAAAUCAUUUAGAAACAACAAAUUGCCGUCAUUGCUUAA